AUGACGUCUAAUGUUAUACUGUUUGAAGAGAGAUGCGAAUGCGAAUCCAAAUUACCUGGGGAAAUCGAUGUUCUCACUUCUAAAGUUGCGCUUAUCGGUGAUUCUUCUGUAGGAAAGACGUGUCUUGUCGGACGAUGGGUCAAAGGACACUCGGUGCUUCAAGAUAUCGACGAAACAGGAGAUCAUGUUGAAGAUUUGUACCAUAAGACAGUAGACUACAAUGUAUUAAUGAAAUCCCACAGUUUUCAAGAGUACUCUAAGUUGUUGACUACAACGGUAGUGCCGCAGAUGAAAAGGGAUAAGAACGGUAAACCAAUACCGCGACCCAAGAUGAACUAUAACGUCAACACUAAAUUAGAUGCCCAAGUAAUUGAUGUCACAGAUUUCGAUGUAACGGAUUAUUCGGAUAUCAGACAACUGCAAGUGAAUCAAGCAGAUGGUUUCAUUUUAUGCUAUGAUACGACGAACCCAAUGUCUUUGGCUGACAUGACUUUGUAUCAACGCAUAAUAACCAGGAUUAAAGGUGAUAACGUUCCAAUCAUCGUUUGCGGAACCAAAAUCGACUGCUUGCAAGAGCGUAAAGUUUCCGAGGAGGAAGCCAUGAACUUGUGCGAAGAGAUGGGCAUUGAUUACGCAACAUGUCACUUCGAGACAUCUGCUAUGGAAAAUAUCAACGUCAACGAGACAUUCUUCGCUAUUUUAUGUUUGAUAGAGAACAGGAGAAUUGCUAAUUCCGCUUACACAGGUUGCAAUGGUAUAGAUUGUCCCAUGAAGAAGGAACGCGAGCUGCAUCUAAAUGGCGAUUCUUCACCAAAACAAGACCACUCCGAUCUUAAUGAAAGUCAUACCAAAUCUACGGGAAGUAGCAGCAGCAACAGUUCGCAACACAACUCCCAUAUAAAGGCGUCUCCUCUAAACAUCGUUCAGAGCAUUAAAGAAGAACAUUUAUCAUCUCCCGAUUCCUCAGUCUCCAUGCUGGAAGGCCGUGCCUCGACCUCAAAACCAGUUGUGCUCACAAAAGAAGACGUAGUUUCGACUUAUCAGACAGCAAAACUCCCUACUGGCAAAUCGUCCACUGGCCCAUCAGUACGAACUUUCGAAGACCCACUCACCAACGUAUCUGGUGAGACAAAGAAGAACAAAAAGUCUCACUCACAAUCUGCAUGCUGCAUAAUUUCUUAA